UAUUCAUUAAUAUUAUUAUUGUUAUUACUUUAGUUUGGAGAUGUGAUGCCAUUUACAUCCAGUUCGGGUUAGAUUCUGUGCAUUUGGCAUGCAUUUGUACAAUUUUAAAUUACAAGAUUUUGAAGACUUUUGCAGUUAGAAACUCCUUCUUGUAUGGUUUUUUGAGUUCUUAGAAAACAUAAUUUAAACAGCAGAAGUAUGCAAGUUUGACCAUGCCAAAACAUUCUACGUUAACAAGCUUUUAAAAUGUUACUCAUUAUCUUUAUCUUGCCACAAAUAAAUUAAAUACUUUACAUGUUGCAGAGGUUUAUGGAAAACUGUCAAAAUGAUGAGUUGUUUGAUGAAAUUUAUAAACAUUUAUUCAAGUGAGUCUCACUGUAACUUUUAGAUACUCUCCUUUUAUUUAAGGACUUGGACCAUAUGUCACUUUUAAUCUCGUUGCAGUUUGAAGGCCUCUUAGUAUGUCCUCCAGCCCUCAUUGGUUUUCUGAUCAUUAUGCUGUAGGGGGACUUUGUCAAGAACACCUCUGAGAACCUCCGGCCGAUCUGAAGGUUUGUGGCCAUUAUCUCAUGGAGGAGAAGCGGUGAAAUACCAUUUGUUCACACCAGUAGAUGCUGCUAACUGUAAAUCAUGAUUAAGCACAGAAACGAAUGAAUGUAAGCCUCCUUUAACAGCAAAUGCACGUGCCCUUCUUUUUGAUGAUGUAAGUUGUUGCUGACAUACACGCUUUCCCAUGCAGCAUGUUGACUGAAUACUUUCUUGCAUGAGAAGGAACACUACACCCAAGACCUAAAACAGUGAAUUUUCUUAACAAAAGAAAAUACUUGUGAAUUCUAAUGAUUCAGUGUAUCCCUUCAGUUCUGGAAGAACUCUCCAGCUCAAAAUAAUGGGUGUUCUUGGUAUUUUGAUGUGCCAGUAAAACAGAUGAUCAUGAAGAAAGAUGUGAAUGUGAUCACUGUCAUCUUCUUUACUACUGUUGUGUUUAACAAACAGUGAAGCUUUGUUUUUCAUUUUAGGUGAGUGCUAAGUUGAACAUUUAUUGUCACCAGCUAAUGGCUGACACCGUUAACAAUUUAUGGCUGACCACUGGGAAAGCACAACUGGAGAAGGAGCCAAAUGACGUAAAACUAGGUACUUGUGAACAGCUAGCACUCCAUCAAUGAACCCGGGCUGACCAAUAAACAAAACUAAUGAACGUAUCCCUUCAAGACAAAGUGAUACUGUGUGAUGCUUAUACAAAGGAGGUAAGAAUUUUGACGACAUGUGAUUUUGUUAUAUGCCAGCAGUUACAACAGAAGCCUCUGUGUGUGUCCAACAGCAGGACAUGGCUUUCAGUGUGAUCCUCUGGCUUUGCUAAGUUACCACAGCUUUGAAUGUUUCUUGGAAAAGUAAAUAUCCAUUCAGACAUGGAUGCAAGAAGAAAUAAUACCCAAACCUUUGGAACUGUGCUUAAUGUGACAUUACUACAAGAAGAAAAAAAAACACACAUACCACUGAUGUGAUAGACUUUGGAGAAAGGUUAAGGGGAAAGGUAAAAAGCUGAGCCAAAGCUCAUACUGUACCACUGAAUGAGUGAAACUUUAGGUGGGAGGAUUGGGAUGGCGUGGUUCCCUCCUGCGCUGGAUUUCACUUUGUGAGAGAUUAAAAUUAGAGAGUGAUUCCCUGUAGUGUGUCACCACCACCGAUGCCAGGAAGCAUCGGCAUUGCUCCCAACCAUGAGCACUUCCCCCGCUCCAUGAUGAGAGGUAGGUGGGGAGCUGAGCCCUCAGCAAGCUACUCUGCCCAGCACCUGUGGAUGGGGGAGGCCCACAGUGCCAUUAGCAGGUGCAUCUAACGAUGAAGGACAGGGCAAAUCCCUCACCCCAAUGCUCUAGCAACCACAGCAAAAGGCACAGACCCAGCAAACGCACCCCAGAGAGCACUCAAAGUAUUGUCAUCACGCAGAUGCUGUUGUAGAGGACUGUAGCUGUGCUGGAAUUAGAGAAGGGAAACGCAGCCACCAAUUGCAGAUAGAGAACUAAGGAAGAGCCAGUUUGCCAAAAGCUUCAGUACAUCUUUCCAUUGGAAAAAAAACAUUCGGAUAAGUGAGAAUCUCUUCUGGAGCAGUGUUUAAUAUGUACCUCUACAGAUUCAUUUAUCUUUGAAAUAAAGGGAACUGUGAAUCCUUUCCCAGAAUAAAUACAUUAAAGUUUCAUGCAUUAUACUUAGGCACUGCUCCCAAUUUUAUUUCCAUGGAAUACAAAAUUCCCUCUUUUUAUAGCUGCUUCCUUUAACGGCAUCAAAAUUAUCACAUGUGCCUAUGCAGCUCAACCUGUUCAGGCUGAUAUUGUGCAACAGGAAAAGAAAUCGGCUUUCUUUUUUCACGGGGAGGGAUCUUGCUAGCGAUUUCGACAGGCUGACAAAUACAAGAUUUCUGUGGUCCCGUCACAGGACGUUGGUUUCCCACUAUAAAGGUGUGUGACAAGUGAUGUUGGAAGUGAGGCGUGGGCAUCCUGCAUCUCACAAUGGUGGUGCAAGCUUCCAGCGGUCUGCCGGGCUUCAUUCUAACAACGAACACGCAAGUCUUGCGUCUGACUGGGAAGCAAAUGCCUUUAAAGAUAAAGCAGUCCUGUGCUGCCCGCACCUGAUUUGCAGUUGCUGUCAGCUUUCUUGAAAGAACAGCUCGCAUUCACUCCCCAGAAAAAGACCGUGCAAACGCGAAUGAAUCCGAAAGCACCUUUCAGCUCUGUCAUCAGAGCGGUUUAUUUCUGCGAGCUUGCGCUUCCCCCGGUGAAAAAGCACCGUGGAGGGAAAACGAGUUGCAAAGCAAACCCGGACAAUCUCCGCGUAGCAGAAGGGUCACGCCGUCAGUGCAGCUCCGCGUGCAGAAGCUCAGCUUCGGCGCGCGCCCGUAGCUCACGCCGUGCCCGCGUCCAGAACGGCGACUUACGGACGGAAGAGCAAAGGGGGAUCGAAGACCAGAACCUACCGGGCAAGGAUGGACUCGGCAGCGCAGGAUCCAUUGCAAAAUGCGAAAAUGAAGGGGAAAUUCUCCAGAUACCUUUUAUCACAGACAACCCUUGUAUAAUGUGUGUUUGCCUGAAUAAGGAAGUGACGUGCAGAAGAGAGAAGUGUCCCCUGCUUUCCAAGGAAUGUGCUCUUGUCAUAAAGCAGAGAGGAGCUUGCUGUGAACGUUGCAAAGACUGCAGUUUUGGAGGAAAGACAUACAACAGCUCUAUGAGAUGGCACCUCCCUAGCAAUCCCUGUAUUACAUACCAGUGCCAGGAGGGAGUGAUAAUAGAGUCGGAGGUACAGUGUGUUGUUCAUUGCAAAAACCCAUCCAAAGUUGUGGGGAUGUGUUGCCCCGUGUGUCCAGGUUGUAUAUUUGAAGGGAGGCAUUACAAUGAAGGAGAAGAAUUUAGGCCUGAAGGAAAUAAAUGCACCAAGUGCUCUUGUGUUGGUGGCAGGACCCAAUGCAUCCAAGAAGUCUGCCCCAUUCUCUCGUGUCCCCAGCACCUCAGUCACGUUCCUGCAGGACAGUGUUGCCCCAAAUGCUUAGGACAGAGGAAAGUGUUUGACCUCCCAUUUGGAAGCUGUCUCUUUCAUAGCAAUGUGUACGAUAAUGGAUCCUCAUUUAUUUAUGACAACUGUACAAUGUGUACAUGCAAGGAUUCAACAGUGAUAUGUAAGAAGAGGUGCUUGCUUCCUGGAGAAUGCAAUAAGAACCAAGACCACUGCUGCAAGGAAUGUGUCUCCUACAUCGCUCCUGAAGAAAUGAAAGUGUGCAAGUUUGGCAAUAAGAUAUUCCAGGAUGGAGAGAUGUGGUCCUCUGUGAACUGCACCAUCUGUGCUUGUGUGAAAGGCAAGACAGUGUGUCGCAAGAAGCAGUGCAUUCCAGUCAGCAGCUGUCCUCAAGGUAAAAUCCUGAACAGAAAAGGAUGCUGUCCUAUUUGCACUGAAAAGCCUGGAGUUUGCACAGUGUUUGGAGACCCUCACUACAACACUUUUGAUGGACGGACAUUUAACUUUCAGGGAACAUGUCAGUACGUUUUGACGAAAGACUGCUCCUCCUCUGCCUCGCCCUUCCAGGUGCUGGUGAAAAACGAUGCCCGUCGGACCCGUUCUUUCUCCUGGACAAAGUCAGUGGACCUUGUGUUGGGCAGAAGCACCAUCAGCCUCCAGCAGCACCUCACAGUGAAGUGGAAUGGGACCCGUAUCUCACUACCCUGCGAGACAUCACAAUUUCAGAUCGAUUUGGAUGGUUAUUUGCUGAAAGUGACAACCAAAGCAGGCCUGGAAAUCUCAUGGGAUGGAGACAGUUUUGUGGAAGUCAUGGCUGCACCGCAUCUGAAGGGCAAACUCUGUGGCCUGUGUGGUAACUACAAUGGGCACAAGCGAGAUGACCUGAUUGGGGGGGAUGGGAAUUUUAAGUUUGACGUGGACGACUUUGCUGAAUCCUGGCGUGUGGAGUCUAAUGAGUUCUGCAGUCGCCCGCAGAGGAAACCUGUGCCUGAGCUCUGCCAUGGGACUGUCAGGGUGAAACUCCGGGCUCACCGGGAAUGCCAGAAGCUCAAAGCCUGGGAUUUUCAGAGCUGUCAUUCAACGGUGGAUUACACAACUUUUUACCGGUCAUGUGUGACAGACAUGUGUGAGUGCCCAGUCCAUAAAAACUGCUUCUGCGAGUCGUUCCUGGCCUAUGCUCGAGCCUGCCAGCGGGAAGGACUGAGAGUGCAGUGGAUACCUGAGCAGCACUGUGCAGCAACGCAGUGUAAACACGGUGCAGUUUAUGACACCUGUGGCCCAGGAUGUGUCAAAACAUGCGACAACUGGAAUGAGAUUGGCCCAUGCAACAAGCCCUGCGUUGCAGGAUGCCACUGUCCAGCAAAUCUAGUUCUUCACAAAGGAAGAUGCAUCAAGCCAGUCCUAUGCCCUCAGCGAUGACAUUUAUUCUCUCUCCAUGGACACUAACGUGGCUGUCACUGGCCCACCUGAUGCUCACAGACAGCAAAGGACUGCAGCUGUUCGUGCGCAGGUUCUGCAAAGUGCAGCUCUACUUACAGAGUGUAAAUAUGCUCCUGUGUGUAUUCGUGUGUGUUUAUCUAUACACACGUGGCCCAAACAAAGAUAUAUAAAUGUAUACUGUGUGUAUGUAGAUACACAUGUCUAUACACAAGUGCCCUAAACGUAAGUACAACCCAUAUAUUUAUAUAUAUGUACACACACACAGAUAUACAUCAUUUCUAUACAUCAUAGAAGGAUGAAUUAUUAUAUGUAUAUUUUUUGCUAUAAAGUUUAUGUAUUAUUACUUCUAAAACCCUUAUCUGUAAGUCAUUGUAUAAAUAAACCAGGUGUUUUUAAUAUAACAUAGUGGCAUGGAAAGAUUGGAUGACUUUGCCAUUGCAUGAGUUUGUCGUUUCCAAGGAAACUUUUCUAGGGCUGCAGCAUUGCCAGACUGGAUUAGUUUCAACACAGAACCCGGAUUUACGGUUGUACGGGAAACACAUUUCUCUGGAGAUGGAGGAUUUAUCUGGGAAUAUUUCAUGCAUACCUUAGAGCUGCAUAGUGAUUGGUGACAGUGCUUAAUCACGCAGAGAAAGCCAGGGAUCGGCUUUUUACGCCUUACUGAAAUAACUGUGCAAAAGGAUUUCCAGCGUUGAUUGGCCAGGCGCCAGCGGAGAGAGAUUUCUUUCUGGAAUGGCACCAAAGAGUCAAGGGCCAGAUUUUCAAAAGUGUUCAGCACCCAGCAGCCUGCUUUGAAAAUCUGACCACUUCCCAUUUCAUAUCCUAAAACCCCGUUUAUGUUGUUGUGCUUGGCAAUAGCUGUGAAUACACAAUAAGGAGCUCGAAGAAAACGCUCACGCACAGUUUCAGCCCCUCUAGCAUGUUCUAAACUGCUGGGCUUGUUUCAUAUUUCCCCCAAAUACUAUGCAGAAAGCAAAUCCCACUAUGAAUUAAGAGUUUUUGAUUUUGGUGUGCCAUAAAACAUGAAAUAAUACCGGGUUUAAUAACUAAUAAUAAUAACUAAUUUAAUUUAUCAGCGUGGCGAAGAAGAAAGACAAAUUCCCCUUUCCAAAAAAAACCAGUAGAGAAUGUCAGAUACUAAUUGGAGAACUGCAGUUUAUUUCCUUACUGGUCUUUUUUACCGGUUUAGGAACAUGUGGGCUCUGUGAAGUUUGCACGACUUUUGAAGUGUCCCAGGGGAGAAGCAAUAAUAUGGGAUUUCAUUAGAAACUGUUUAAAAAGCCAUACAGCUUUCUCAAGUCUGAAGGGAGGGGGAGUAGGGGGUGUAUUUUUCUUCCACUGGAAAGCCUCCUGUAGAACCCAAUGGCAUGUUCUCCAAAGAAGACAGAAAUCUUCAGGCAUCUGAUUGAAAUUUGUAAUGAAGUAAUAUCCUCCCACACAGCUACUUCCAUUAUUCCAUUCGAAACUGCACAUUGUAAUGUUGUAAUGCCUUGAACAAUUUUCUCCUUUAUUUCACCCUCCAGGAAGCUUUGCAGGAUCUGAGUUUGCAGUGAGUGAGUGGAUGUAAUGCAUUUGAGUUAUACAGCUUUCUGCAGUCCUAUCCUGGAGGAGGAUGCUGAGUGAGCACGAGUAGGGUAGGCAUCACACAAUCCAAAAUGCUGUACCACCAUAGUGUUAAAAAGAGCUGGGCAAAUAAUGCCAGGAGCAUUCCACGGAUGUUUACCCAAAUUUGAAUAAAAUCAGCUUGCUGUUUUUAUGUCCCAUUUUGUGUUUCUUUUCUUGGAACAAUCAAAUAAUUCAGUUUUACUGGCAGAGGAGGCUUCAAAGGCUCAUACACAAAUGUGCUGGAAAGCAGAAUUGCAAAUGUGCAGAUCCUGUCAGAGCAGGAAACUCAGAGGGCUUUAUGCGGCUCGUGUGAUAACUGAAUAGUGGAGCUGAAAUGUAGAACAAUUGCUAUUGGUCCGUAGAGUUCAAGCAUAAAAUUGUAGUCAUUAAAAUAAUUUAAAGCAUCAGUUUGUACUGCAGAACAUUUCAGCCUGUGAGUUUUAGGUGCUGAGAUGUGAGGUCUUAACCAAUAAAAAGGUUAUUUGCCCAGCUCUAGGUUGGGAUUGAUUUUCAUUGCUGAUUGAUUUUCAUUACUUACUGUGUUUCCAAAACAAAAAUACAUGCACAGUGAAUUGCAUAGAUGAAAGUAUGCAAAGGUGUCCUCUUUUCUUCUCCUGACUAAUGAAGGUGAGUGAAAGGUGAAGGGAGAGCCCUCCAGCUCUCUCAGGCUACCGACAGCAUUCAAGCAGUGCUUAAUUGCUGCCAGGUGAAGAGGUGAUGCUGACUAUCUGUAGGAUGAACUCUUUACUUUUGAAAUCCUAAAUGCUUCGGUUUGAAACCUGAUCUAUAGGUUAUCUCAAAAUGAGGACUCAUUCCUCAGCAUUGCUUUUCUACAUCUGUCUAAUUGAGGGCAGCCCCCUGCUUUUUGCUAGUGAUGUAAACUGGGAAAGAAAAGAAAGAGGUUUUUCCUUCUAGGAUAUCUGUG